AUGGAGGCCCCUCAUAGCCAAGAUGGCGAUUACUGGGGAACGCUAAUCAACGCCGACAAGAGUGCGGCUCCGCUCCUCGAGCAGCUGUGUCUCGGACUGGUGCAACUUAUGGUAAAGAUCCUUGGAUCCUUAGAUAUUGUCUUCCUUCCUAGUCUAAUGAUCAAGCAGGUCCAGUUCGAGUCGAGUCACGGAUCAUCAUGCGACCUGACGCCAGACAAACUCGCCCGAUUCUAUCGCCAAGUGGGCGGCAACUACGAUGCGCUGUUUCUGGAAACCAAAGGGCCUGCGCUGUCGUUCAUCUACCAAGCUCUGGGCUGCUUCCACACUUUGCAACCAACAAAAAACCCAUACGAAGCCCCGUCAAUCCCGGCCCUGCUGCCCAUGGGCUUUGUCCGGUGGCAGGUAAUCCAAAUCCUCCUGUGUCCCGACGAGCACUCGCUAUACAUACAAGAUGCACUGUGUCGGUGGGAUGUACCCAAUCCGGCUGGGGGCACGUUCCCAAAAGUGAUUCCGCGAACUGCAUUUCCCGAAACUGCCGAUGCAGACAUGCUGCGCUGGCAUGAGAGAGUGAGUCGACGACUAGAAAAGGACCAUGCACACUGGAACACACCACAACCGCGUACGUCGCCCGCAGAAGCCAACAGCCGGAAUGGAGGAGAUGCCUCGUCUUACCGACGCACUUAUUUCGACACGGAUGAUGAGACUCUGCGUCAACACCACAGACGUCGCAGUCAAGAUGCCCAGAGAUCGCGCCUGCAUAGAUUCGAAACGGAUCUGGAUGGGUGGACGGGCUCGCGGAAUCCAUCGCCUGCGCAGCCCAGAUCGUCCUCGGCGGCGCGAAUGCCGAUGCGAUCCAAGACAACGCGUCCGCGGAAUAAUCGGGAAUACCCUGAGAAAGCGAGUGCGAAGAAGGAUAAGAAGACAAAAGAGAGGAAGCAACCGUAUCGGAAACAGCGACCGGAGCCAUUGUCGGAAUCUUCUGAUGAUGAGGACGGAGUUUUCCCCCGGCGUAGGCGAGGGUCGAUUGAUGAACGGAGGCCGCGAAGGUCAUCUCAUCUCUCGCCAUCUAAUGAUGCAGAGUCUCAGCGACGGCAUUCUCAUGAUGCAAGCUACUACAAGACGCGCGACCGAGGCUAUCAUACUGACUAUAAUAAUAAUAAUAAUAACAACAACAACAAAAGAGACUCUAGCCGGUACCCACCGUCGAAAAUGAAGUUUUACGAAAACAUGUUUGACGAGCCUGUCGCUCGUCCCAGCCGCGACGCGAAUUCCACGCUGCCGUACGAGAUCAAGGAGAGCCAGAUCCCGCGGGUGCAUGUCCGGUCCGAUGGUACACCGGUUGAUGCUGCGCGCGGAUCGACGCUGAGCAAUGGCAGCGGAUCGAGCAGCUCUGAUCGCGACCGGCCUCGCUCGUCCAGUGGGCCGGCCAGCUGGGUGCCGUGGAAAAGCGCGAGUCGGGCUGGAACGAGGAAGGUUCCUGUGUACGACUGA